AUGCCAUUCAUGCCGAGGACAAAGGGUCGCGGCGAGUCGAGGAGAGCGUCGAGAGCAGCAGCAGCCACGAAGGGCACUGUGCGCGCGGUCUGUCGGGCCAGUGAGCCGAGCAGCUGGAAGUCAGCUCUCCCUCCAACAGAAGCAGUCUCGCACCUGCACAGGGUCGAGCACACCCCUUCUCUUUCUUCCCCUACACCCCAACAACCCGCCAGCGCCGCCUCACCCGCCGCGCCGUGCACGAAAAAGAAGGCCAGACCGCCUGCAUCCCCCUCUCACCCGCGCCAGGACCGCAUCGCUUCACCCAGCGAGCUCCGAUCCGCUCCCCCCUCAUCGCCACCAGUCGACUCGACGUCCAGUCCGUCGACCGAGCUAUCCAGAGCCGCCUACUCAGCGACUGGAUCACAGCAGCAAGUCCAGCUCUCGUCCAGCGACAGCUCCUUUGCCGCCCGCUUCCCCCGUGUGCUUUCCAGCGCGACUGCAUCUUCGCCUUACAGUCUCGCUCGAACCGCCGCCGCACCAAGCGACACCUUCCCCCACCUGAUGAGCAACCCCUCUUCGACGGCUCAGAAAGCCUCCGCCUCACCCGCGUCCGCCGCCGCCCAAGCCGGGUCCAGUGCGCCCGCCCCGUUCAACUACGCCGCAGCCGCGAAAAAGAGCAAGCCCUCGCCGGCAGCUGUUUCGGGCCAGGAUGCGACGGGUUACGUGAACGGAUCGAACGCGACGAGCAGCCCGACCGUGCCGGCCGCGACAGCUAUCGCGGCCGUCGCCGGCUCGCAGCCCUCGAGUCCGACGCAGGCCAAGAAGUCGAGCGUGCAGGUUGACGGCGUCAGGGUACCACCGUCGCGGGUCGACGAGAUCCGUGGAGCUGCCGCAUCUGAUGUCGCUUUCGGCACGGCCAACGACAAGAACGCGACGCUCUCGUCUUCUCCCGCUGCGCCUCCUGCGUUCAGCAACGGCGCACCAAAGGCCUUCGGCUCGCUUCCGGCCGAAGCGACGAAGCCGCCUCUGAACUUGCACGCCCUGUUCCAGCAGGGCGGCUCGUCCACGCCUACGCCUCCGUCAACCUCGCCUGCGCCCGGCGCCUCGAGCUCCGCCUCUCCUGUGCCAAUCGAACGUCGCUCGGUUGCGACCUUCGACCCGUCGUCGUCUCGCUCGCCUCCUCCCAGCACUUCGCCUCUUCCCCAUGUCGGUGCGCACCUCGGCAACCCCGGCACCGCUUCCUCUUUCGUUCCCCGUCACGUGCCUCCUCCCUUCGUUCCGAACCAGCAGGCCGCCCAGGCUUUCUCGCCUCCUCCCGCCGGCUUCCACAUGCCGCCGCAGGGUGGGCCGUAUUCGCAGGCGCCUCCCUUCAUCUCGAAGGGUCCGUCGCCGCAGAACAUCCCGAACGGUGGCGGCGCGCCGCCUUCCAACUAUGGGCCGUCGAGCAUUGGUUCGCGCACCGGUUCGUUCGUCGGAAGUCCCGUUCUCGGCCACGGCAUGCCUGCUCGUCCGCCGCCUCAGCAGGGCGGACCUAGGCAGUCGUUCGGUGGACCGACGAGCCCGAGGAUGCAGAACGUCCAGCUGCCGCCCAAUCAACCGAUGAUGUACCCCGGCUACAUGCCGCAGCCUGCUUACGGCACGUACUACCCCGGUUACGGACCCUACCCUCCGUACAUGUCGCAGGGCGGUCCUGCGGCGAUGAACGCGUCGGGCAACUCGACUCCCUCGCCCGGCAUGCAUACACCGAAGCCCGCACCUCCGACCAUGCCUACGUCGCCCGUUCACUCCCUCGCUCCAAACACCCCGGCCACUCCUUCUUUCGCAUCGUUCUCGCCUCAGCCGCAGAGCGCGACUCUUCCCGGCUCUGCUCCUCGCAUGCCCAAUCCCGCCGCAUCUUCCUUUACACCCGGGGGAUCUUCCGCCGCGUCUCCUUCGCCCAAUACCCCUUCAACUCCCCUUCGCGCCCUCAACCCCGCUCUUGCUGGCGUUGCCGAGUUCAAGCCGAGCUUUGACGCUGCGGCGUUCUCGCCGACGCCCAGGAAGAGUGCGGCGAUCAAGAUCGUGAACCCGAAGGAGAAGGCGGAGCGUGAGGCAAAGGAGAAGGCAGAGCGCGAGGCCAAGGAGAAGGCUGAACGCGAGGCGAAGGGCGAGACAGUCGCCGAGGCGGAGAAGGCCGCGCCCGCACCGGCCUCUGCGCCUGCUGAGCCGACGAAGCCGGCAGAGGACGCUGAGGCGGAGGCGAAGGCGAAGGCGGAGAAGGCGAAGGAGGAGGAGGAGGCGGAGCGCAAGCAAAAGGAGGAGCAGGCUCGACUUGAUGCCGAGGCUGCCGAGGCGAAGCGCAAGGCGGACGCGGAGGAGCGCGAAAAGCGCGAGAAGGAGGCUGCCGAGGCGAAGGCGAAGACCGAGGCGGAGGCCGCUGCCGCCAAGCCCGCCGCUGUCGACGAGCUCAAACGCGAGGAAACCGCCACGCCUGACACGUCCGCGCCGUCGACUCCGCGUGAGGAGGUUGAGGGUCUCGUCGUCAAGAAGUCGCAGGCCGAUGCCGUUCGCGCCGAGGAGGCGGCUCUCCUCGCCGACGAGAAGGUUGCGACCGAGCAGAAGGACCCGGCGCAGGCUCUGGCUGAGGCACGCGAGUCGCUUCACGCGACCGCCCCGAUCCCGACUGCUUCGACUCCUACUACCCCCAGCACCCCGUCUGCGAACCUUCCUUCUUUCCUGCCCGCCAAGCCUGUCGCCGAAGCGCCUUCCCCUGCUGCCGACGCGACCUCGUCGAAGGCUCCGAUCGCCUCGACCUCGACCGCCCCCGCUCCUCCUUCGGAUGCGCAGCUGCGUGCUGCCCGUCCCAUCUCCGACCUCUCGAAUGUUUCCUACCCGGACAACGCCAAGGCGCCGCAUGCGGAUCUCAACUUGAACGCCGAGCCGGGCAAGUACCGCUAUGACCGCGACUUCCUGCUGCAGUUCAUGCAGGUCUGCACGGCGCGCCCGGAUGACCUCCCCAACCUCGCCGAGAUCGGCAUGGUUGACGAUGGCGUCGCUCCUCGCGGCGGUGCGUUUGGCGGAAGCCGUCGCGGAGCGAUGGGCCCUCCGGGCGUUCCCUCGCGCUCGAACUCGGCGGUCGGCAGCUUCGGCCGCUCGGCAUCGGUUGGCGGUGUCGGAGGCGGCUUCGGCGGCAUGGGCAACUUCGGUCAGGGCGGCAUGGGCGGUGGCUCGACGAGCGAGCAGCGCUUCGCUGCCUCGCUCGCGCGCAGCACCUCUGGCGCGUUCGGCGGUGCGCGCGGCAGCAUGUCGCGCACGACGAGCCAGACCGGUAUCGGCGGCGCGUUCAACACCGGCGGCCGCAUCCGCAGCGAGGGCGGACGCAAGCGCAAGGAGAAGGGACCGCCUGGCGAGCGCGACGAGUCGCGCAAGCCGGGCCAGCACGUCGCUGGCGAAGGCUUCGAAGGAGCAACGCUUGGCCCGCGUUCGGAGACCGGCUGGGUUCCCUCCGUCAUCGGCGGCGGCAUUCAAGCAGACGCCAACUCGCCCGAGAUGGUUCAGCGCAAGGUCAAGGCGUUGCUCAACAAGCUCACGCUCGAGCGCUUCGACUCGAUCUCGAACCAGAUCCUCGAGUGGGCCAAUAAGUCUGUCGACGAGACCGACGGCCGCAUCCUCCGCCAGGUCAUCGCCCUCAUCUUCGAGAAGGCGACCGACGAGGCGACCUGGUCCGAGAUGUACGCGCGCUUGUGCCGCAAGCUCAUGGAGCAGGUCUCAAACGAGAUCCGCGACGAGACGGUGAAGACGGCCGACGGCACGCCUGUCGCCGGCGGUGCUUUGUUCCGCAAAUACCUCUUGAACCGUUGCCAGGAGGACUACGAGCAGGGGUGGAAGAACAAGGAGGCCGCCGCAGCCGCCGCCAAGAGCAAGGAGGCGGACGACAAGGCGAAGCAGGAGGCCAACGACGCCGCGAAGAAGGAGGCGGAGGCGUCCGGCAAGGAGCCUGCGAAGGAAGCCGAGCUUCUGUCCGACGAGUACUAUGCUGCUCAGAAGGCGAAGCGACGCGGCCUCGGCUUGGUGCGCUUCAUCGGCGAGCUUUACCGCUUGCAGAUGUUGACGGAGCGCAUCAUGCACGAGUGCAUCAAAAAGCUCCUCGCCAACACCGAGAACCCCGAGGAGGAGGACAUCGAGUCGCUGUGCCGCCUACUCACGACCGUCGGCAAGGGCCUUGACAACCCGAAGGCGAAGCAACACAUGGACGUUUACUUCUCGCGGAUGAACACGAUCGCCAACAACCCGAAGGUUUCGUCCCGCAUGCGCUUCAUGAUCCUCGACGUCGUCGACCUCCGAUCCGCCAAAUGGGCCUCGAAGCAGGCCGCUCAGGGCCCGAAGACGAUCUCGGAGAUCCACGCCGACGCACAAAAAGCCGCAGAGGAGUCGGCUCGACGGGUCGCCAGUUCUGGCGGCAAGUUGCCUCGACUCGGCGACCAGCUCUCGCGACCGAACUCGCGACGAGGACAGGCUCGCGACUUUGGCGUCGCACAGCCGGGCGCCGACGGAUGGACGACACAGCCGCAGCGACCCGCCAAGGCCGGCGACCUCAGCGCCUUCGGCCGCAUCCGCGAGACUGGCCCUGCGAGCGUCGGCUUCGGGCCCACGGGCGCCUUCGCCAACAAGGGCAAGAAGAAGCAGGAGGAAAGUCGGCCGUCGACGCCGUCCAACCCCUUCGCACUCUUGUCUGGUGGCGGCGACAUGGCGGAGGAGCCAGCGCCUGCGAGUCAGCGACCAAAGCUCAACCUGCAGCCGCGGACGAAGCCUCUCGAGGGCGACGGCGAGGGAGAGGGUGAGGACGAGAAGAAGGAGGACGAGGAGGAGGACGACGGCGCGAUCGACCCGAAUGCCUCGUCUAUGUCGCGAGCAGAGGCUGAGCGACGGGCCAAGAACUCGGUCGACGAGUUCUUCGCUGUCAAGAACUUGUCCGAGGGAGUCGCUUCCGUCGAGGCGCUGCCGAAGGAGUACCGCCCGCUCGUCAUCACCGCCAUCUCCGAGGCUGCGUUGACGAAGAAGGCCGACGCCGUCAACCUCACGAAGGACCUGCUCACGCAGGUGGCGUCGAAGGACAUUCUCUCGCACGACGCGCUCAUCGGCGCGUUUGAGAGCGUGUUCAAGACGCUCGCCGAUGUCGCCAUCGACGCUCCCGGCGCAUGGGGCUUCGCCGCAACGCUUCUUCUUGGCCUCGAGGCGACGGAGGAGGACCUCGAGCGCCUCAAGGGCAAGAUGGAGAGCGAUGAAGGAGAGGAGGAGGUUGAGUUUGCUAAGGAGAGCUUUGACCGGGCGUGGCAGAAGGCGACUACGGCUGCCUAG